AUGUUCGCUCACGUUUUCUCCAGACGAACGAGCUUCCUGGUACGUUGCUUUCACGCCGCUAAGAGAUUCUCGAAUCCUGACCCGGAAAACAUUCUCUUUAGUGCUCUCUGCUUGAAUUUAAAGCAAAGACGAUGGAACACUCUUAAUCAAUUCUCACCAAGCCUCACAAAUCCGUUGAUAAGCCGAGUUCUUCGCGAGCUUCGAACCUCCCCGAAGCUAGCUCUAGAGUUCUACAACUGGGUUUUAGAGAAUCAAACUCCGGCUGCUAACUCGUCGGAGAAUCGAUUCGAAGCCUCUUGUGUGAUGAUUCAAUUACUGGUCGAUUCGAGAAAGUUCGAUGACGCUUUAUCAAUCAUGACGAAUCUGAUGUCCGUGGAAGGUGGAAAUUUGAGCCCUUUACAAGUUUUAUCGGGUUUGAUUCGAAAUCACCAAGCUUGUUGUGAUUCCACGAGUCUCGAUGUGUUUGAUUCAUUGGUUAGAGCUUGCACACAGAACGGCGAUGCUGAAGGAGCUUCUAAAGUGAUUGAGCAGGCGAGAGCAGAGGGCUUUUGCGUUUCUCUUCACGCUUUGAAUAACUUCAUGGGUUGUUUACUGAAUCUGAACGAGAUUGAUUGGUUUUGGAAGGUUUACAGAGAAAUGGAUUCCUUGGGAUACGUUGAGAAUGUGAAUACCUUUAAUCUGGUCAUAUACUCGUUUUGCAAAGAGGGCAAGCUGCUUGAAGCGUUAUCAGUGUUUUACAGGAUGUUGAAAUGUGGGGUUUGGCCUAAUGUUGUGAGCUUUAACAUGAUGAUUGAUGGAGCUUGCAAGAGUGGUGAUAUGGUGUUCGCGUUGAGGCUGUUGUGGAAGAUGGGAGUCAUGUCUGGGAGCUUCGUCUCGCCGAAUGCUGUGACUUACAAUUCGGUUAUCAACGGGUUUUGCAAGGUGGGGAGGUUGGAUUUGGCUGAGAGGAUACGUAAUGUUGUCAUGGUUAAGUCAGGUGUUGAGUGGAACGAGAGGACUUAUGGUGCUUUGGUGGAUGGUUACGGUAGAGGUGGAAGUUUAGAUGAAGCUUUGAGGUUGUGUGAUGAGAUGACGAGUAAAGGACUUGUGGCGAAUACUGUUAUCUGUAACUCUGUUGUUUAUUGGAUGUUUAUGGAAGGUGAUGUUGAAGGAGCUAUGUUGGUGUUGAGUGAUAUGGUUGAUAAAAGGAUGGAGAUUGAUCGGUUUACUCAGGCCAUUGUUGUGAGAGGUUUGUUCAGGAACGGAUGUGUAGAGGAAGCUGUGAAGUUUAGGGAGGAGAAACUUGUGGUGGAGGAUGUGGUUUGUCACAACACGCUUAUGCACCAUUUGGUAACGUGUGGUGAUCAGAUUUUGGGGAGUAUGGUGGUUCGAGGAUUGGAUCUUGAUGUUGUUUCGUUUGCUACUUUGAUUGAUGGAUAUGUUAAGGAAGGGAAGUUGGAAAAAGCGGUGGAGGUGUAUGAUGGGAUGGUGAAGAUGAAGAAGACGCCGAAUCUUGUGGUUUACAAUUCGGUUGUGAAUGGAUUGUGUAAAAGAGGAUUGGUUGGUGCGGCUGAAGCGGUUGUGGAAGCUAUGGAGAGGAAGGACGUUGUGACUUACAACACGUUGUUGAAUGAGUCUUUGAGAUCCGGGAAUGUGGAAGAAGCUGUUGAUGUCUUGGCUAGAAUGGUGAAUCAGGAGGGUGAGAGAUUGGUGAGUGUGGUGACUUACAACAUUGUGAUCAAUCAUUUGUGCAAGUUUGGUUGUUAUGAGAAAGCGAAGGAGGUUUUGGAGGUUAUGGUUGAGAGAGGUGUUGUUCCGGAUUUCGUAACGUAUGGGACUUUGAUUACUUCGUUUAGUAAGAAUCGCGGUGAAGAAGAAGUCGUUGAGCUUCAUGAUUACAUGGUUCUUCAUGGAGUUACACCUCAUGAACAGAUUUUCCGAUCUGUUGUUAGUCCUCUUCUUGAUGGAGAAAAUGAAAAAUGCCUCAAAGAGACGUAG